CAUUUAUAUUCCUGCCACACCUAUACAUGCCCCGGGGACACCCGUGUCUGCUAGCUCACAGGAUGGUCAAAUGCUGGAGACAGCAGAACAUUCUGGCUAUUCUCAUAAGUACACAGAGUAUACCGUUGGUCAGGGUGGUCAGACAGUUCAUGUAGGGAACUAUAUUGUGAACCAAGGGGAGACUAUAUUAGUGACGGAUCAGUCUUUACUCUCUAACCAACAGCAACAACUGGAAAUGGCUCAGCACCACCAACAGCAGCAGCAUAUUUUUAGCUCUCAGUUUGAAGGAGAGAUAAUCCAUGAUGCCAGUGGAUCUGUGAUGGCUGUGACACCCAAGAAGAAGAAAUGGAAGCGUUCGAAAAUUCACAUGUGUGAUAUCUGCAACAAAUCAUUUGGUGAUACAGCUAAGCUGGAGCUGCACUACAAGAGCAACCACCUCCAUGACCGCCCUUACCAGUGUGAUGUGUGUGAAAAAUCUUUCUUCACCAAGUGGAAGCUCCAACGCCAUAUGUUGAGCCACUUGGAACAGAAGCCCCACUCUUGCCCAAUGUGUUCCAAGUCAUUUGUAGAACGGGGGAAGUUGGAGGCCCACUACAGGACCCACCUCGGCACCAAACCAUACAAGUGUGAUCAGUGUCCCAAAGCGUUCACUGUGAAGUCUCAACUGUCUAUCCACCAACGGCGUAUUCACAGUACAGAUCAGCCUUUCGGAUGCCUGGUGUGUGGGAAGGCUUUCUUAUGGAAGAGUGGACUAGACAAGCACAUGCGGAAACAUACAAGAGAGAAACCGUUUAUAUGUGAGACGUGCGGGAUGAAAUACUCCAACAAAGCAAAUUUAAUUGUGCACAUGUCCAAAGCCCAUAACCAAACGUACGUAGACAAACCUGGACAGUAGCCACGCUGUUUAAUAACUCUGGAAUGAUCCAACUUUAGCUGUGAGUUUGUUUUGAGGUGCAGAUGUCCUGGAUCAUUUGGGCAGCAUCACUCAGCGAUUUCACAGCCUGCUCAUGCCAGCAGCAGCUGAAACUCCGG